UUUCUCAUCGCCUUCUGAUCCAUGCAUCAACAUAGUAUCUAUGAGGUGUGUAACGAUCAGUUCGUCCAGAACCGAAUUGUGGACGAUUCAGUCAAGAGAAGAAAUAUACAAGGUGUCAGCGUGAAGAAUCACACGGUUGUGGUGGAUCUCGACAAGUACCGUGACCCACUCGAAGACAUACUUCGAACCAAAGGAGUAUAUGUUUCACCAGACGAGAUGUUUCGGUCGCUGCCCAACAUGGUGGUAGAUGUGCCGUUCCAGAGCAGAGAAGAAUUUGAGGACUUGGAGCUUCCUGACUCCGAGUUGUUGAAGGUGCUUCAUUAUUAUGUAUCCAAUCGGCUGGCUAACCAAGGUUGGAGACUCGAGAAGAAGUUGGAUGAGACGGCUUUGUUGGCAUUCGGGAUGUUGGUAGAGAAAUGGGCCGAUGAUAUUGUUGAUGAGAACGUUGCACGAAUGUUCAUUGAACAGCAAACUCGAGAUAACAAAAGAUUGCCUGUAGAUGGAGAUGAGGUUGAAGAUGAGACUGCGCAAGACGCAGAAGUAGUACAAGAGGCACUAAGGGCCUACGAAUAAGAUGAUUUUUGCAACGAAGACACAUGACUUAGUACGGCUAUAAUAUACAAGGUUUCAUAGAU